ACUUUCACGAUUUUGCUUCUAAAUUCUUGCUAAAUCUCUGUGGUUUCGUGCGGUCUGUGCUUUGUGUGAGACUUCAACAACAAUUUCCCAAGACCAAAAUCAGAAAUUGAGGAGAUGUCUUUAGAAGGGACAAUGAGUGUAGUAGGGAGUGAGGUGAUGCCCCUGGAGUAUGGUGGCAUGGACUCGAAGAGCAGUCCAUCUCCAUCUAGUUCGAAGAGGACGGUGGAGGAGAGAAGGGAGCGAAGGGUAGUAGAAGAGGAGGAAGAUGAAAUUCCUUCCAAUGUUAUAGAGGUUGAGGGUAACGAAGAUGGGUGCUAUGACCAAGAUUUAGACAUAGUAUCCGAGGUGAGGGGGUAUGUGAGUGAAUUGGGUAGUAGGAGUAGCCUUAGGGAUCUGGUAGGGAACUGUAACCUUCCUCACCAUGUCCUAAUUAGGCCUGUCGGGGGUGGGGGGAAGGGUGAGAAGGAGUGGUACUACUUCGGCCCUCGGUCGUCCAGCAAAGAGAAUAAGGGUUUAUUCACUAUUGGACCGUCAUCCAUCAAAGGGUGGAAAGAAAAAUUCUUCUUUGUGGAUGACACCGAGUGGAGUAUGGGGGAUGCCAAAGUAGAACAAUUGUCUGCUUGGAAAGCUAAGAAGACCAAGCAGAACAAUUAUAAGUUGAAUGAGGAUGAAGUGGAGGAGGUUGAGAAGCUGGUGAGGGAAGAAGGAGAUUUAGUGGAUAUCAUGUACCUCACCAACGCGGAGGCAAUAAAGGCUGCCAAGCUUUAUGGGCCGAGCUCAUUGAGUGAAGCUGAGAUGGACGAAUUUCUAAAUGCUGCUGGAGGGUUGGCCAUCCCCAAGAAGCCUAGGAAGAAGUCAAAGACUUCGAAUGUGGCAGACAAGGAAGUAGCAGAGAAAGAGCGCCUGCCUAGCACCUCUGCUCGAGCACUGGAGAUGCAUUUGUUCGAGGCAACGAACACUACUGAAGCGAAGCGAUUCCUCAACUCAACGCUUCCUGAGGUGGAUAAGAGGCAGGCGAGGGAAGAAGCGGUGAGCCACCUGGGUGCCGGUGUUAUAAGGCACGCCUUGGAGAGUGCGAGCUGGGUUAACGCUCUAGCGCAUGAGUACGCGAAGAGCAUGAGAGAUUGUGCCAGCUGGCAGAGGCAAUGUGAGGCCCUACUAGAAGAGAAAGAGGAGCUGCAAAAAAAGAAUAAGGAUAUGCAGAGGAAGCUAGAUGAGGUUGUGCCAACAGUGAUCGAGCUCCAAAGCGAUAGAGACACCUUGAGCACAAGACUUAUCUUCGAAGAACGUAAAAGGAAGAUUUGUGAAGACAAGCUUGAUGCGCAAGACAAGUAUAUCGAGAAGAUGAACCAAGGGAUGGUGGAAUUGAAAAAGAAUGUGGAACUGUUGGUUCACAACGGGAUGGAGGAGCACAUUGGCAACUUCUUCAACUCCAGCACUUUUAAGAACAUCGUCAACCUCUACCAGCUACCGACCGCCAUUUUGGCCUUCACUGACUAUAGAAAGAAGGUGAAGGCUCAGUACCCAGAGGUGGACGUCACAACGAUCAUUUUUGGUGAACAAGAAGAAGGAGUGGAGGAGGAUGGUGAAAGCCUCUCUACUGACUUCCGGCCUCUAAUCAAGUUAAGGUGGGAGUGUGAUGCAGAGGGGUGCACUAUCUUUCCUCCAGACUUCGAUGCCGAGUUGGUGGCCAUAGAGGAAGAGGAAGAAGUGCUAGAUGCUGGAGAGGAGAACCAAGCAAGCCCGGCCGAAGUCCAACCUCCUAAGGUUCAUCCAGUCUCCUCUGAUGAAGUGCAGUAGCUAGUUCUUCCUGAAGCAGAAGCGCUGCCUCUACCUGUUGGAGAUGAGCCGCCUCAACCACCUCUUCCUACUGAGGAGCAGCUUCCUCCCUCAGCAGAUUAGCUUAAGAGUUUUUGUUUUAUUUUUGUUAGUUGUGUUUGUAAUAAACAACAAUUUUGUAA